GUGUCCCUUCUGCCCUCCCGUCCACGGCCUUUGCACCUGCGCACUGACGGCUGUUAGCGCGGAAGACGCAGUGGAGUCGCACGAGGAGACACGGAAGAAGGAAAAUAAAAUAAAACUAAAGGAAUAAAGACGACAAAAAGCGGGAAUAAAGAGAAGAGAGUGUGGCGAAGAAGAAAUGAACCAGCUGGAGCGUCCAAAAGAUGAGGAUGACCAGGAAGAGUCCAAUUGUCACCAUGACAACAGUGACAGAACCAACAACAACAACAACAACAACCGACAGAAGACGGUGUGUCCAGGUGUAGGUGAACAUCCCCUCCAGUAUAACUACACCUUCUGGUAUAGCAGAAGAACUCCGAGUCGUCCUGCAAGUUCUCAGAGUUACGAACAAAACAUCCGACAGAUUGGCACUGUGGCAUCGGUGGAGCAGUUCUGGAGGUUUUACAGUCACCUGGUCCGUCCAGGUGAUCUUAGUGGACACAGUGACUUCCACCUGUUCAAAGAAGGAAUCAAACCAAUGUGGGAGGACGAGUCUAACCGCAGUGGGGGGAAGUGGAUCAUUCGUCUUCGUAAAGGUUUGGCCAAUCGGUUUUGGGAGAACAUCAUCCUGGCCAUGCUAGGAGAGCAGUUCAUGGUUGGAGAAGAGAUCUGUGGUGCCGUGGUCUCUAUUCGCUUCCAGGAGGACAUCUUAUCAAUCUGGAACAGAACGUCAAACGACCAAAUGACGACGUCUAGAAUCAGAGACACUUUAAGACGAGUCCUGAAUCUUCCAACCAACACCAUCAUGGAGUACAAGACACACAACGACAGCCUCAGGGACAACUCGAGCUUCAGAAACACAAAGAUCUCCCUCUGAAGACAAAUGUGUCAGCAGACUGCCCUCCUGUCCAAUCAAUACACUCUGUGUGGUGUGUGUGUGUGUGUGUGUGUGUGAGUGUGCGUAUGUGCGUGCUGUCCAGUUACAGACUGAAGUCUCUGUUUGUUUGUAACAUUAAAUGAUCCAUGAGUGAUUGAUUUUUGAUCAAAUAUUCUUAAGAAUUUUAACGAAAAUCAAUCUGUAUCAUCACACCAGGAGAACUGUUCUCCUGUUUACCUGCACAGGUUGAUCAAACAGGAUUUUGUACUUUGUAUGUUUUUGUAAUUUCUUGUUUCUGUAAUGAAAUAAACCUGUUUGGUGGAAGUUGAAACUCACUGACUGGGAAAUAAACUGUUAAAUAAC